AUGCAUACAGAUGCCAUGUCUCGAGUGGAUGAGGCAGGCCACCCUCUUCUGUUAACUCCAAUUAUGACAACUGCCUCAACGCCUGCAACUCCUGGACCUUCGACCCCGACAAAUGUGCGAUCGAUACCUCUGGACCAACUGAAGGCUGAGGGGUUCGAAGAUGAUAUUGUGCCUCCAGCACGGCCGAAAAGCACACCUUUUCCCCACCAAGAACUGCUAGAAGGAAGCAUACAAUGUUCGCAGCGGCUUCUCGACAUUGACUUGCUGGAAGACAUGGCCGCACAAGAUGCCCAAGCACUCCCAGCAAACAAAUCCUCUCAACGAACCUCUUCGAAAUCCUCUCUCAUCGAUCUGCCGAUCGAGAUUCAUGAGUGUAUCUUGGACCACCUGUUUGGGGUGAGGGCUUCAGCAUCUUCCAGAACCGCGACUGCCGGCAAUACAAAGAUCCUACGAGGCUGGGGAACAGCAUUACGGCACUCGAGACGACGUGAAGUCUCGGAAUUGGCUUUGGUGAGCAAGCAGUGGAAAAUGCUCAUUCAGGAUCGUCUCUAUCGACAUUUGAAGAUCAAGGGAACAAGGGAAUCUGUGGAUCAAGCGAUGCUCUGGUUCUCCCGACACAGCCAUCUCUGUUCCUAUGUCAAGCAUAUCGAGUUCUGGUUCCCGGUAUUCCAACAGAAAAACCCUGCGUUCGACCGUACGCUUCGGAUUCCAUCUACGACCCCUGAUCGAUCCCUCGUGAUUAGAGCGCUUGGAAACCUAGCAGAUACCGGUACUACCAUCACUUAUCAAUCACCCUCAAAUAACUGCACGUUGGAAGAAGUGUUCAGAUUUGUGAGGAUGACAUUUGCAGAGGCCUGCAUUUUGACUUUGGAGGGCGGGGAAAGGAAGAAACCACCAAUGGUUCAGCAUUUUCAAGCCCCUGCAGCCAAUAUCCUGCCGGUCAUUGAUUCCAUCCGAACCUUGGUCUGUAAGGGACAGUGGAAUCUGAUUAGAUCAAAUGAUGACUUCCAACACAUCGCUUCUGCCUUGCCGAACCUCACUGAAUGGCAUGCAACUUACGCAAAACCAAAGUCGAAGAGCUAUAUCUCUAUGGCUACUAUUCUACCCAAGCUACCCCAAAGUCUUACACAUCUGAAUAUAUGUCUGGAGGCUGACUACCGUCGAGAGGCGGUGUCUCCUAUGUUCUUCAAGAAAGUUGCUAGCGUGACGCAUCUAUGUGCGGAGAUGGCGAAGGCGAUUCCAACAUUGGAGCAUUUAUCAUAUACGGGCAGAAUUUGCUGGUCGUUUUUUGACCAGGCCGCCAAAUUGUCAAAUUCUCGAACCUCCCGCCUGAAAAGUGUUGACAUCGUCGUUAAGAAUGUAUGCCGACCCCACGGAGUCUGGAAUGAUGGCUCAGGCGUCACGGAUGCAGCUUUUAUAAAUGCGUUUGAGCGUCUUGUAGUAUCUGGUGCCAAGGCUCUCGACAAAUUAGCUGCAUUGGAAUUCUUGAGGAUUCGCUUCCUAGAUUUGGAUUCUCAAGUUCCCGCCCUUAAUCCAUAUUUCCAGCUGCUGAACAAGCAAUGCACAGGGUUGUGGAGUGACACCAUCGUCGAAGCCCUUGCCCGAACACGCCCUACCGCUUCGUUCAUUGCGAAGCCUGACGAUCUCUGUGAUUUUGAAGUCAAGGAUGGGCAAUUGCGACCCCCGCCUUCAUUCUCCAAAACGAAGCCUUUGUCUAUCAAGGUCUCGAGUUACAUCACUCUCUCCCGCAAUGAUGGGAUCACCAUCCACUGA